CCGCAAAAUUCCGGGUGACUUCGAGCCAAUUAGCCAAACACGCUUUUUUUAAUUUUUUGGCCUUUCGAACCCUUACCUUUUAAGAUAUCUUCAGAAUCAAAAUCAAAGCCUCUAGCUGCUGAAAAGGUCAUUUGAAAGCACCAAACACAGGAAAAAAAAAAAAAAAGAAGGCAAAUGAACAUCUUCAGCAAAAAACCCAAUCCCAAAGAGGCUCUUCGUGAGAGUAAGAGAGAAAUGGGGCAUGCUACUAGAGGUAUAGAGAGGGAAAUUGGAACCCUGCAAUUAGAGGAAAAGAGACUUGUUGCUGAAAUCAAAAGAACUGCUAAAACCGGAAAUGAGGCUGCAACUAAAGCUCUAGCCCGGCAGCUAGUCAGGCUUAGGCAGCAGAUAGCUAAGCUACAAAGUAGUCGAGCACAAAUGAGAGGCAUUGCAACCCAUACGCAGGCAAUGCAUGCUCAAUCUUCAGCCGCUGUUGGCAUGAAGGGCGCCACCAAGGCAAUGUCAGCUAUGAAUAAGCAAAUGGCCCCUGCAAAACAAGCAAAGGUUAUACGGGAAUUUCAGAAGCAGUCUGCAGAGAUGGAUAUGACUACUGAUAUGAUGUCAGAUGCAAUAGAUGAUGCCCUGGACAAUGAUGAGGCUGAAGAUGAGACUGAGGACCUAACAAAUCAGAUUCUAGAUGAAAUUGGUGUUGAUGUUGCCUCACAGUUGUCAUCAGCUCCUAAAGGCAGGAUUGCAGGAAAGAAUACUGAAGGUGUUGGCAGUUCGGGUGUUGAUGAGCUUGAGAAGCGGUUGGCAGCUCUUAGAAAUCCAUGAGCAGAGGACAGAAAACCCCAAAAUUUUCCUUCAUUAUUAUCUUGAGUUAUUCCCUAGAAUAAUCAUCUCUGCUAGUUUGUAAUUUUAUUUGGUAGAUAUGAUGCUGUUAUUCAUGUUUCCAGAAGGUAAUUCAUACCAUCAUGUAACUUUGAUACCUUUGGGAUGAUAUGGAUUUUCGUGUAAAUUUGCUACUGUUGCUCGAAGCGAGGAAAAUAGAAACAAAUUAUUGGUUACUCUA